CCACGGUGUUCUUGGGAAAAACUGGAACUGUUAGUCCUUCCGGUACCUUCUGGUUUUUUCUGGCUCCUUUACCCCUUUUCCUCCACCUGGCUUUGCCCCAUCCCGGGCCCUAAACAGCUCUGGUUCGGACAAGAGAAAGUUCCUGUUACCCUCGGGGAUUAGAGUGCGGGAAUUGAGUGACCCCAGGCGUAUACAAUUGAUAUAUGUCCGGGGGUAUAAUUCAACAUGGAUGUGCCCCAUACCAGAAUCGUGUCCGGUGUGCCCGGGGAGGAGAAGAUCUUCCUGUUCCUCCUUAAAAAAAUAAAAACCAAAAACUAACGAUGGACCCAGCUGAAUAUAAUGCCUACCAAAGGGGUUCUGGUGAAAGAAUUAUUGCAAGAAUGAAGCAUAUCAACCUGUCCUUUGCAUCUUGUGGAUUUCUGGGAAUAUACCACUUGGGGGUAGCAUCUGCACUUUACAAACAUGGCAAACAAUUACUAAAAGUUGUAAAGGCCUUUGCUGGAGCUUCUGGAGGAUCUUUGGUUGCAACCAUUCUGUUAACUGCACCAGAAAAAAUAGAGGAAUGCAAUGAAUUUACAUACAAUUUUGCUGAAGAAAUUAGAAAGCAAUACUUUGGUGCCAUAACACCAGGUUAUGAUUUUAUGGCACGAUUAAGAGGAGGCAUGGAGACCAUUCUUCCUCUUAACGCCCAUGAGAUAGCUGAUACUCGACUUUAUGUAUCUAUCACUAAUGUAAAAACCAGAGAAAAUAACUUAGUUUCACGUUUCCCCUCCAGGAAUGACCUCAUUAAGGUACUUUUGGCUAGCAGUUUUGUACCAGUUUAUGCAGGCUUGAAAGCAGUGGAAUAUAAAGGACAGAAAUGGGUUGAUGGAGGGCUUACCAAUGGCCUUCCUAUUCUGCCUGUGGGGCGAACAGUGACUGUUUCACCUUUCAGUGGUCGAUUAGAUAUCUGCCCAGAAGACAAAGGACAGAUGGAUAUAUACAUUAAUAUGGCAAAUCAAGAUAUCAUGUUGUCUAGGACCAAUCUGGUAAGACUAAAUCAAGCUCUUUUCCCACCAACCCAGAGGAAAAUGAAAUUACUAUAUCAAAAUGGAUUUGAUGAUGCUACCAAGUUUUUACUAAAAGAAAAUUGGUUUCAAUAGAAUGCUUAAAGUUUAUUAUGCAAAAUAGAAAUAGAUUUGGGGCACAGGUUCUAAUCGAACAUGAAAAAUUCUAUCAUCUGUCAAAGUUUUCUUUGUCAACAGAAAAGAGAGCAAAAUAUUGUUUUUAAAAUUAAAACUUGUGUCAUUAAAAAUAUACUCAAAUGAUAAGCAUUUUUAAAGAAUACUAAUGUUUUAUAAAAAUGAAUACUUAUUGCAUUUUAAGAGGCAUGAUUUGAAUCCCAAUUCAGAUUCUUAUUAACUUGUGACACCAGGCAUGUCACUUAUUUUCUAUGAACCUCAGUUUCCUCAUCAGUAAAACUGGGCUUGAAAAUCUCUUAAGAUCCCAUACAGCUCAAAAGCUUUGAUCCUAUGUUCUAUAUUCUGAAAUAGUCAAUGGGUUGUUAAAAAUGAGGAGGUUUAGCUUCCCUGAGGAAAUUGUAGCAACUUAAUACUCAUUACUGUCUUGUGGAUUGUACUGUUUCUGCAGUAGUGUUCUCUUUCUUCCUGCCCUCAUAACUAUGGUGCUACUCAGCUGAAAGAAAGAUUCUUUCAGAAUGAACUCGUCCUUUCAGGAGGUAAUCUCAGGAGCUCACUAUAGGAGGUUGACAGAGGAACUGAGACCCAUAAUUUCUUAGAGAGCCUGUAAAGCCACAGGGAAGAUUUUUAAGGAUUUAUUUAAUUUCUGAUGUACUGUUGAGUUAACUUUAAGUUAAGAUAUGGGUUCAAGUCAGGAGCCUAAGGGAAAAGGAAACUAAUUGAAAUUCCAGAGAUGACCCUAGAACUGACUUGUUCCUUCUUUUUCCUCCAUAAAUAUCCUUUCCAUUGUUUCUCAACUGAAAUUAUUUCUGAUGGAGGAAAAUAUCUAAAUUCUCUACAUCAAACUGCCCUGGCCUUAAUAGUCUCAGCACUAUCACUUACAGGCUCAAAUGUUAAGAGCCAGAGAUGACAACAAACAAACAAACAAACAAAAAGAGAAGCAAGGUUUAAGGGGGCAGCUAAAACGUAUAGCUUUUUUAAAAUAAGGAUCUUUUGUAGUAGGUUAUGAAACUCGUAAUAAUUGCCAUUGACUGCUACUGGUUUAAAAUCAUGUCAUCUAACCAUGGAGACAAAGCCAGAAAAGAGUUCCUGGAGAGAACCCUUUGAAGACAAAUCUCUUAAUCUUUUCACAUUCCGAAUUCCAAAACAAUUCUGGAGGUUCCCAAAGCUUCAUAGGCUCAAUUGAUAUGUAUCAGGGAUUCUACAUAGAGGCUAUUUAAUUGUCAUAGACUUUUAGAAUAUAGAAUCCUAUCAGCCUACAGUUCAAGUGAUCUGUCUACAAUUCUAGUGUUCAGUCAAAUGGACAAAUAUCAGGUGUUUCCAUUCCUUAGGAGCUGGAAAUUAUUAUAGUACCACUAAGAACGAUGAACUGGAUAGUUCUUAUUUAGCCUACUAAACAUGAGUCAACUCUGAACUAUUCAUUCAUAUCUUCUGAAAACACACAUUUCAUUUGACCAAGUUUUCACAUCAAACAUUUUGAAUGAAUAAACCAUUUAAGUAUUUACUAGGGGAAAAGCACCAGGCUACACACUAGGGAUGCAAAUAGACAGUCUCUGCUCUCAAGAACAUCACAUUUUAAUGAGGGUGACAACAUAUAUAGCUACAGCUACAAGUCAGAUGGAAAAGUCUCCAUGGUACUUAGGAUGUGGUAGCAAAGGAAGUAAUAAUGCUUCUCUAAAGUAAUUUCUACUGAUAAAAUCACACAUUUCCAAUGUUGAACCAUUUAACAAUGCCAAGUAAUUUGGUAGGAAAAAUUUUUGAAUUUACUUGUAUAGUUUUUAAAAUCUGGUUUUAUGAUAUUUUGUCAAGCAUGAACUCUUAAUUACAAGAAGACAGCAGGAAACAAAACAACUUAAUUUCAUGUAUUUAAUUUCAUGCAUAUAUUUCAUACCAUUUGAACUUCCUCUUUAAUUCAAUUUUAUGACUUUUAAAAUACUGAAAUAACACUACUUUUAGACUUCAAAUACUACACCCAUCUUUCCAUUAAGCAUGUACAUAAAAUUCAUCUAGCUUUGCCUGUAUUCUCUGAAUUUUUUCCUACUUCAGUUGUAAUCUAAUUAAAGCUAUGUGUGUUUGGAACUGUGUGAGAUUUUUUAUCCUGUUAUUAAAGAUGAUUGAAGAAUUUUAAUUUUUAA